AUGAGAUUGCGACCCUCCACGCCGCUGUCAGUGGUGCUGGCAGCAGCGUUUGCGUUGCUUCUCCUCUCUGUGCUCUCAGCGCCCAUUAUUACUUCCAUCCCGCUCGGUUCAUUCGAUGGCUUCACAUUUGGCGUCCUCGGGUACUGCAAGCCCGACGGCUCGUGCACGAGCCUGGGCAUUGGCUACGACACGGGCAAGCCUCUCCCAGCUGUGCGAGACACCCUGUCCAUGGUCCUCAUUCUUCACCCGGUCGCAGCCCUGCUGGUCCUGAUCAUGUUCAUACUCGCUGUCACGUCGCACUUUCACGCGCCUUCUCACUCCUCGCGAUACCUACUGGCCUCGUUCGUCUUCACCAUCAUUACUUUCCUAGUCUGUGCGGCGGCCUUUGUGGUCGAUGUGCUUCUGUUCAUGCCGCACAUGGCCUGGGGCACGUACAUCGUGCUUGCGUCGACCAUCAUGGUGGCCAUCAGCGGCGUGGUCACUUGCAUGAUGCGUCGCUCGCUCAUCAGCCGCAAGACUCGCAGAAAGAAGAUUGCUGAGAAUGCGGAAAUGAGUGGCGAGAACUACUACAAUCGCGAACCCCCCAAGCCUAUGGGCUUCACCGUGGCACCUGCUGUCUCGUCCAGUGGCGCCAACGGUGGCACCGACGCGUUGCCCACGUUCGCCACGUUUGAGCAGCGCAAGAAGGACGACCAAGUCAGCGACGAACAUAUUCCAUUGACGCAACGGAGCCCUUCGGCUGGCCCCCAGCGGAGCCAUCCGGGUGACGCUGCCACACUGAGCGACUCAGCAACUCGGAUCAACGCUCCUGUGAGGUCUGCUUCGCGCGACAGGUUCGGGACACCCGUUAAUGCACCGACCGAUGCAUACGGCGUGGCCAGAGGUUCCUCUAUGGAAAAGGCGGCCACGGCCCACCAGGUCGAGGCGGAUAUGCCCCCCGUGGUGGCCGUGGAGGCCGUGGCGGUUAUGGACCUCCACCACCUCAUCGUGGAGGAUAUGGACCAGGUCCUAUGCGAGGUGGCCGAAACCCGCCACCGCCUGGUCCUGGUUUUGCUGCCUGGCCGCCGCAUGUCCAAUGGUUAUACUGACCCGAGUGCGGAGUCGUCGGCACAGAACCUCGCCGGUGGUUAUGAAGGGUACCAGGGAAACAGUGCCGAAGCCUACAACUUGCCACGGGCUGAGUCUCCGCCCCCAAUGUCAAACGACGGGCGACCGGGUCAGGCUGUCGAGAUGGAUGCAACAUCUGUCCCUGCCAAUCCCAACCAGGGGUAUCGGCCCUACAACGGCCAGUUGCGGGACAACGAUUCAGAUGUUGCCGGUAUGGUAGGACUGCAGCAGGGUCGAUCUCCCGACAGACACGACACGUAUAUGAGCGGCAGCGUGUACAGCAGUGAUGAGCCACAGCAGUUUGUCCCAGCUCGCCAGGCUUGGAACGACCAGGGGCGGAGCUCACCACGGACACAUUCUCCUCUUCAGGCGCAGCCCUUGCCACAACACGACCAAGCAGAAUACUAUGAAGAUAUUGAUCCGCGGUUCGCUGCGCCUACACAAGGUCCGCAGCAGGGUUUCCUGCACCCUCAUGGCAAUGAGCCCAUAUACGAGGAUGUGCACGCGCAAAACAGUGGCGCGCGUAGUCCGGCCGAGUCCGAGAGAUCUACCUUUACGUCGAUCUCCCAACGAGGUGUGAACCCGCAAUGGAACCCGGCUCCUCCAAUGCCCCAACACCGAGGGCCUCCACCGCAUCGCCAGCAACAACGGCGUCAAGACAUGAUACUCGACAACCCCGACUUCCAGAUUCCUGGACCUCGUAGUGGGGGGCCCAGCGCCACGGCUGGAGGUCUCCACGGAGCUCCUGGCAUGAUCCCAGGGAGUGCCUACCCAACUGGGCCGCUCUAG